AUGCCUACCUACCUCUGCCACGGAUUUCGUUGGGACCGUCGAAGCAUCCGCGUCUUUGUCGUCGUCCAGAACAUCGACGAUGCUGCCCCCGAAUGGAUCAUUGCGCCAAACUCGUCUCCUGCCAUCCUCGAGUCCUUCUACUCUCUCUUCGACUUCCUUCCCGAGCCCAUACCCGACGAAACCGAGGCCCAACGUGACAAGAAGAAGCGCAACAAGUCCAAAGCAUCCAAAGCCGCCGCACUGCGCAACGAAUACGAUGUCCCAGCCUCGACCGUGCCGCCAGAGGAGGAUGAUGUCCUGCAGAACGACUGGAGUGCUGUCAAGCUGCUCGAGGAGUAUGACCCGACUGAUCUAAGCUAUGUCAGCCGUCCCUACGCAUAUGUUGCCGACCACGUAGUACGCAUUGAUCUGAGCAACUCAAUAACGGAGGAGAUCAUGCGGUACGAAGAACGACUGAGCGAGACCAAGGCGAUGGCAAGCGCCCCUAGCGAUGAAUUCUACAAGGCGAAGAAGAGUUCGUCAGGGAAGAAGGCUGGCUGGUUCGAAAAGCUGAGAGAUCAGCUUCAACGAGGAGAGGAUAUUCGCUGGUACAUUGUGGUAUGCGGCGACGAGGUGCGCGAUUUCCCUGAAGACAUGGGUGCGGCAAGGGCAGAAGAGGAGGAGUUGGAUAGGGAGGCUGAAAACGCGACACCCCGGCCCCGCGACCGCAGUGCAGGUCCUUCAACAUCGAGAGGAGGGGCAUCACCCCGUGAGUACGUGUCGAGCGUACCAGCGAGUCAGUUCGCAGCAGCCAUGUCGCCGCAACAGCUCUCACCAAAGGAGGCGGGUCUGCCCUACGGCACACUUCCCCAGCAUCCCAACAUGGUUGGCAAUUGGACGGAAAAGGAGACGCCAACACUACAAAGCAAACCUUCAAUGGACUUUAGGCCAAAGACACCCAAGGGCGGCGGCUUCAGAAGAUUAUUCGGAAAGAAGGGCGAUGAUCCAUAG